UGCUACGAAUGGUCGCUAUAAAGGUUUUAGCAUAGGGGUUAGGGUCCUCAACCCAGCUGACAAGUUGUUCGAUUUUGAUUGUUUUCAGUCAGGCUGCAUUUUCUCAACUCCUGGGUUCUUCAGGGUGGCCGCGUUCUGUCGCUCCAAAUAUCGUUGUGAGCAGGCCCUCUUCGAUCUUGAUCGUGGCAGCACGUCAGAAAGCGGAAAUUGCAAGAUUGCCUUCGUGUAGGGGGGGGCCAACCUCGAUGGCCGCUGAGGCUCCGCGAGCUACAUCCACAUCGAGUAAUGUGAUUUCGAAAUGGCGGGGCUCCUGGCGCACUAUCGACCCGUCUGCCGUGCUGCUGUGUGUAGCAACCCAACCAAAGCGCGCUCCAGGCAUUGAGGCCGGCAAAUCCUAGCGAGGGUACAGCGAACGGGGUCCUCAGCUUCGACUACGCUGUUGCUCUGCGUAGCCCAAGAAUUCAGGAGAGCAAGCGCAGCAUUUCAAGGAGGCGCGGGCUUUUGUUUGGGGGAACCUCGGAGAACAUUCAGCAGCAGCAGCAGCAGCAGCAGCAGCAGCAGCAGCAGCAGCAGCAGCAGCAGCAGCAGCAGCGGUAGCAGCGGUAGCAGCGGUAGCAGCGGCGGCAGCACCAAAAGAGCCAAGAUGCCUCUCGAAAGCACAAUGAUAUGCCUCGACAACUCUGAGUGGAUGAGAAACGGAGACUACAUUCCCACCCGGAUGGAGGCCCAGCACGACGCGGCUAACCUUCUCUGCGGCAGCAAGACCAACUCCAACCCGGAGAGCACGGUCGGCGUUCUCACCAUGGCCGGGAAGGGCCCCGAGCUUCUGGUCAGCCCCACCGACGACAUGGGCAAGAUCCUGUCCUCCCUCCACGGCGUAUCCGUCCACGGCAAGACCAACUUCGCGGCGGGCAUCCAGAUCGCGCAGCUCGCCCUCAAGCACCGUCGCAACAAGCACGGGGGGCAGAGGAUCAUCAUCUUUGUGUCGUCUCCUAUCGAGGACGAGACGAAGACGCUGGUGAAGGUGGGCAAGAUGCUCAAGAAGAACAACGUGGCUGCGGACGUUGUCUCCAUGGGGGAGACCGACGACAACCAGGAGAAGCUUGAGGAGUUCAUUGGUGCAGCGAACUCCGGGGACAACUGCCACCUCGUGACCAUCCCGGCAGGCGUUCUUCCCUCCGACGUCCUCAUCUCGUCACCCAUCGUCAGCGAAGGCGGCGGGGGCGGCGGCGGCGGGGGCGGGGGCGGCGGUGGCCUAGCUGCCGGAGGAGGCGGGGAGUUCGGCGGGGCCGCCGACUUUGGAGGGGUGGACCCCAGCAUGGACCCCGAGCUCGCGAUGGCGCUGCGAGUCUCGAUGGAGGAGGAGAGGGCGAGACAGGAGGCCGCCUCCAAGGCCACCGCCGAGCAGGAAGGGGCGGCAGCGGCAGCGGCAGCGGCAGACGCGGCUCCGGCGGCGGAGGAGGGCGAACCAGCAGCAGCUGCUGCUCCAGCUGCCGGCUCUGGUGAGGAAGCGGCAAGGUCUGCGGAGGAGGGGAAGGGGGCGGAGGGCGGCGACGCUGCGGGAGCGUCUACCGCUAUGAAGGUAGACGCCGAUGAUGACGACGGAACUCUGCUGGCGCAAGCCCUGGAGAUGUCCAUGAUGGAUGGAGACGAGGCCGAGAACAUGCGGAUCGCCAUGGAAAUGAGCAUGGUGCCGGACACGAGCGAUCCACCAGCAUCAUCAACAACGGCAACGACAACGACGGCGGCGGCCGCGGCGCAACCGCCAGCCCCUACCCCCCCCCCGGCCUCCAGCGGCGCCAGCGCAAACCCUCCUCCGGCCCCGGCGGGCGGGGGGGGCGGAGGAGGAGCAGCAGGGGCGGGAGAAUUUUUCGACCCCUCGUUUGUACAGUCCCUUUUGGACCAGAUCCCAAACUUAGACCCGAAAGACCCUCGCCUCCAAGCCGGCGGGGGUGACGGGAGCGAGGCUAAGAAGGAAGGGGAGGGGGACAAGAAGGACGGAGAUGACUCGAAGAAGUAAGCACAGCUGUGCAACGCGUGACAGCCAGCACCGACAUCAUCAUCAUCAUCAUCAUCAUCAUCAUCAGCAGCUGCAUCAUCAGGAGCGAAGAAAAAACACUCAAGCGUGCUUACUGGUGCGAGAGCAGCAGCAGCAGCAGCAGCAGCAGCAGCACAAGCAAGAGGAGCACGGUGAAAUCUACGCCGCGGAUGAAGAUACUGCUGUUGUUGUGUCGUGUUGCAGCAGCAUUGGGAGGGAAGUACAGCCUUCGCGGGUAGGGGAGGAGAGGCUCGUCCAACAGGAGGUUUUGCCACAGUUUCGAGAGGCGUUUUUAUUGGCGCGUUAGGCUGUCCUAGCUGAUCGCAAAACACGACUGUCCUUUGUGUCGAGGGUAUCGCCGUCGAAAGUGCUUGUCGGAUGCCCCACUAGUGGUUCCCCAGCAGCAGCAGCAGCAGCGUUUGGAAUAGUACAACAGCAGAGGAUUUGCGUGCGGUCUAACUUUGCCGACCAACACGAAAACAACAAAAUGUGGUGGGUGUUCUGCUGACAGUGCAGCUUGUGUGUUUUUUUUGUUGUCCUCCCAUCCUUGUGUGGAGGUGUGCAGAAGUACAUCCGUCCCUGUGUACGCGUGGUGAUGGCGACGAGGUGGUUGUUGUCGUGCUUACGAGGCAGAUGUAUUGCCGUGAUGAUGAUGAUGGUUCUCUGCUGUUGAGAGGACCUGUAGGGCGGCUGGGGUUCCAUGUUUUGUUCGGUGAUGAUGAAAAUGUGGGGGCGGAAAAGGGCUACAAUUUUCUUGUCGCGAUGGACUGAUCAACAUAAGCGUAAUUACUUCCAUGUAAAUCGGACGGCACAAAUUCGAGCGAUGAUGGUGAUAUGCUCGCUCCCUCUGUUCUCCGCCUCUCACUCAUAUCACCUUGUUCCUCCCAGCUGAACUCUCUGUCCUCACCUCAAUCUUAGUCUGAUUUGCGCCAUCUCGAAGCUAGCGCGUUCUCU